UCCUGUAACAUUGUCAAUCAAAUUAACUGUAGCCAAUCGCCUUUAAGAGGGCGUUGUUUUAUCCGUGUUUCUGAUUGGCCCGGAGCGUUCAUUUGCCGUCGCGCUUUGACGUCGCCACUGGUUCCCUAGCAGCGUGUGAAUAUGGCGAACAUCAGAAGCGUCAAGGGUAUGGUGGGUCUGGUGACUGGAGGGGCUUCUGGUUUGGGGAGAGCUACUGUGGAGAGGCUCAUCAGCCAGGGGGCCAGUGCUGUGAUCCUAGACUUGCCCAGUUCUGAUGGACACAAGUUGGCUGCUGCUCUUGGCGACUGCUGUGCAUUUGCUCCAGCUGAUGUCACAUCGGAGUCAGACGUGAGAUCGGCUGUGGAUUUGGCCAAGGAGAAGUAUGGCAAGCUGGACUUAGCGGUGAACUGUGCUGGAAUUGCUGUGGCCGUGAAAACGUACAACUUUAAAAAAGACCUUCCCCACAGCCUGGAAGACUUCACCCGAGUUAUCACCGUGAACAUCGCUGGAACAUUUAAUGUGAUCAGACUUGCUGUAGGUGAGAUGGGAAAAAAUGAGCCUGAUGCAGAUGGACACAGAGGCUGUAUCAUCAACACAGCCAGUGUUGCUGCUUUUGAUGGGCAGGUGGGCCAGGCUGCAUACUCUGCUUCUAAGGGUGGGAUUGUGGGCAUGACUCUCCCCAUUGCACGGGACCUUGCACCAAUGGGGAUCCGUGUAGUCACCAUUGCCCCAGGUCUGUUCUCCACACCGCUGCUAGCAGGAUUACCCGAGAAGGUGCGAAACUUCUUGGCCCGGCAGGUGCCUUUCCCCUCACGUUUGGGAGAUCCAGCUGAGUAUGCACACCUUGUGACUGCAAUAGCAGAAAACCCUAUGAUCAACGGCGAGGUGAUUCGCUUGGACGGAGCCAUCCGCAUGCAACCUUGAAGGAAGAACUGGGAAAAAAGGAACAGAGUGGAGAAACUUGAAGUGUGUCUUUUCGUAACAUUGAAAUACCCAAUACCGGCCUGUGACUAAAGAACUGAUAUGUAUUAAGCAUUUUCAGUAUAAUGCUGUAAAAAAUGCCUGGAUACUUUGUAUCAGAAAGAAAGUGCUUCCAUUCUGAGUGCUUUUUUUUUUUUUUUUUUUUAAACCACUGGAAGUUUUUACACUCUUGAGGUAUUAAUGUACUGACCCUUAUGUGCCUCUGAGGUACUGUGGUCUAAUGACUGUUCAUUUACAUGCAGAUUAAACAUGUCCCCGUAAUUAUGGCUUGAAGAUAUAGAUCAGGCCUUUAGACUAGACUUGAUAUAUGUCUGUGAGAUGUCUGAAGUGUUUUGAUAUUAAACAGAAGGAGAGUUCUAGUCAUUAAUGUUGAGUGGUUCUGUAUCUAUUGAAUGGUUUGUCUUUUGUGUAAAAUAAAGUAUGUAAAGCACAACAGGAUGAGUUAAAAUAAAUUAAUUUUUUCAGUUGUAGACAUGCUCAGGAAUCAUUGUAGCAGACUGAAAACAAAGCUCCAGGCAAGGUGGUGAAUAAGAAAUGAUUUGCCACCACAUUGUAAACUCACUUUUAAAUUGUAUGAUUCAUACUCAAACAUUCUGUUCCCUUUUUCUCUUGCUGUUAAAGAAGCAUUUUCUGAGAAGUGUAUAGUAAUAUUUCUGAUAAUGUACAAAUAAUACCCAUUAUUUUUAAAGUGUAAACUAAAUUCUAACUUUGAGCCAUUUUGUUUAACUUGAAACUAGUCAAUAGGUUGACCAAUAGAUGGCAGAAUUGAGCUUGUAUUUAGGGACAUUUCACAAAUGGCCUUGUGAUUGUAGUAUAUUAUGCAUUAAAUGAGAUUAUGACUAUGAAAUGAA